CUUCGAUCACGUGACAAGCACGAGCGCAGAAACGGGAAGUUAAAGAUUCCAAACAAUUGGGAGCGCUCGCAGAAUCGGGGAUGACACAAUGGGCUCAGCGGUGGAGAGAACGGAUGAUAUGGUGAGGGAAUACCUGACGUUCCGGGGCUUCACCAGCACUCUCAAGCUCCUGGAUGCUGAAAUAAAAGCUGACAAGGAGAAAGGAUUCCGAGUGGAUAAAAUCAUCGAUCAGCUCCAUCAGUUCAUCCAGGCUUACGAUCUGUCCGCGCUGAAGGAGUACUGGGGUUACCUGGACCGGCGACUUUUCUGUCGGUUAGAAGACGUGUACCGACCCACAGUCAAUAAGCUCAGAACAAGUCUGUUCCGCUACUACCUUGUUCAUACAGUGCAGUCAAACCGCAUUGAAAAAACCCAGGAGUUCUUUCAUAAGCAAGGUCUCGAGCUACAAGGACAUGCCGAGUGGCGGGAUUGGUUUAUCUUGCCCUUCAUACAGUCUCCUGAGCAGAAUCCUGUGUUCUCGCCCUAUUUUACUCGCCAGUGGGCCGACACCUUUCUGGUGUCAUUGCACAAUUUCCUCAGCGUGCUUUUCCAGUGCAUGCCCCAUCCUGUACUUCUGAGCUUUGAUGCUGAAGUUCAGAGGACCAUCAGUCUGCAGGAGGAAAACGAACAGUUGCGGCAAAUGCUGUUUGCUCUGCAGGUGGAACCACGCAUGAAGAAAGAUGAGGAGAUAGUGCAUCACAAACUUCCUCCUUAUGUACAAAACAUGGAUCGACUGGGCGACACUGAGCUGGAUCUGGUGUCUAGCCAGCACAAUGUCAGCGUGACCACCCAGUCUCGGAACUUCCUGUCCACACUACUCCCACAAGGAAAGCGGGCAUCUGGCAAAAUAGCCCAGGGGCCUGGUUCUUCACCAACACAGUCCUCCGUCGGGAGGAGUGACACUGGGGCCGGUCAAUCAUUGAAGGCCAAGGAAGUUCCGCUGCCUAAGGAAUCCAAAGUUGUGUCCUGUUCAGGAGGAGCCAGUGACCAGCCACCCAUUCACUCUAGGCAGCGAAGAUACCAAGAUCAUGAGAAGGAAAGGAAAGAGCUGUUCUCCAAGCCUCUCACUCAGAAGGGAGAGAGUACUGAUACCGAGCCCCAACCAGAGGGUGCAGCUGACACUCCGGAUGUGCCAAGCAGUCAAGUUCAAGCUGUUGCAGAAGGUGCUGGACUUGUUGAGCAGCCCUUCAUUAAGCUGAGUCAGGAGGAAUAUGGAGAACAUCACUCAUCCAUCAUGCACUGCAGGGUGGACUGUUCAGGAAGGAGAGUGGCCAGUCUCGAUGUGGAUGGCGUCAUCAAGGUGUGGUCUUUCAAUCCGAUGAUGCAGACUAAGGCCACCAUCAUGUCCAAAUCUCCACUUUUGUCUCUGGAAUGGGCCACUAAACCAGACAGACUGCUGUUACUGGGCAGCGGUGUAGGGACAGUACGCCUGUAUGACACAGAAGCUAAAAAGAAUCUGUAUGAGUUGGCUGUAGAAGAGGGAUACCCACGGAUCUUAUCCCUAGCCUGUAGCCCCAGUGGGACAUCCUUUGUUUGCUCUGCUGCUGCACAUGCUGCCCGGUCAGGUAGUCUGCUGGAGGGAGCGAACCGUCCCGUUGCUCCAGUGUUAGGAAAGCUUCUCCUGUGGGACACCAAGACUGUUAAACAGCAGCUUCAGUUUUCUCUUGAACCUGGGCCUGUGGCCAUAAACUGCACAGCCUUCAAUCACAAUGGGAACUUGCUGGUCACUGGAGCAGCUGAUGGAGUCAUUCGGUUGUUUGAUAUGCAACACUAUGAAAGUGCAAUGAGCUGGAAAGCUCACGAUGGGGAGGUAUACAGCGUGGAGUUCAGCUAUGAUGAGAACACAGUUUUCAGCAUUGGCGAAGAUGGAAAAUUCAUCCAGUGGAACAUCCACCGUUCUGGGGUGAAGCAGUCAGAGUACUCUCUGCCCCAAGAUGCCACAGGACCCUUUGUGUUGUCUGGCUACAGUGGUUACAGACAGGUACAGGUGCCCCGUGGGCGUCUGUUUGCCUUUGAUUCAGAGGGACAACAUGUGCUCACCUGCUCUAGCACUGGAGGCCUCAUCUAUAGGCUUAAUGAAGGCGAGAGUGGCCUGGAGAGCAUCCUGUCCCUUGGGGGACAUAAAGCACCGGUGGUUACUGUUGACUGGUGCUCUGCUGUUGACUGUGGCACCUGCCUCACAGCCUCCAUGGAUGGCAAGAUUAAACUGAGCACACUUUUGGCUCAGAAGAGUUGAGGUUCUUGGGGAUCACCAGGGAGAGAGAGCCUAAGUGUGUGCGUGCGUGCGUGCAUGCAGCACAAAGCAAAAUAGAAACAAUGCUUUAUAGCAGCAGCCCUCCUGCUUUUAGGUCACCUUUAACCUUAAUUUGAACUACACAUGCAAUUACCACACAACUUUCCUUUUUUUUUUCCCCCCCCUCAAUGAGGUUUUCAGUAAUAGGGUAAUAAAAAUGAUUGCAUAGAUACC